GGUAAAACAGUAUUACUGUAUUAUGUCUGUAUUUGUUAGUUGUAUUGUGUUGGUAUAUAUUUUUUAACGAACUUAACGAAUAUAUUAUUCGUUAUUAUUUUUCGUAUUUAUACCAAACUCACUUAAAUAGUUCAUCAACAGUGUCGUUUUUGGUUGCUAAAUAAUAUUCUAAUACAUUUAAUAUCAAGGUGUUAACUAUUCGAAACGUUUCAUUUAGAUAUUCUACACGCUUGUAAAGUACCUAUGAAUUGAAUACUUUUACUCUGAAGUUGGAUUCGGUGAUUGAGAUAUGAAUAUUGUAGAAGUUAAUUCCAUGGUUUAUAAAUAGAAAUUGAACUAUAUUUACAACAGUGUAUUUGUUUUCUACAACAAUGCCUCAUCAUUAUGGUCUAGAAAUGACUACGCAGAUUCGACCUGAAAAGAAGCUGACUAAAGAUGCUAUGGAAAGAUAUUUACUUGAUCGCAAUGACUUGGUCUUAGUUAUACUUCAUGCUAAAGUUGCUCAAAAGUCUUAUGGUACUGAAAAACGCUUUUUCUGUCCACCUCCAUGUGUUUAUCUUUUUGGCAAUGGCUGGAAUUUACGUCAACAGCAGCUGCUCAGAGAAGGAGUGACUGAAGCUAAUUCUCAAAUGAGUGCGUUUAUUGGUAUUGGUAGCGCAGAUCAAGAUUUGCAACCACUUGAUCUUAAUAAUAUUAAACAAUAUUGUGCAGCUAAAACUUUAUUUAUAUCUGAUUCUGAUAAGCGCAAGCAUUUUAUGCUGAUGGUUAGAAUGUUUUACAACAAUGGUUACGACAUUGGAACUUUCCAUAGUAAACGAAUCAAAGUAAUAUCUAAACCUUCAAAAAAAAAACAAUCCCUAAAAAACGCUGAUUUAUGUAUAGCUAGUGGUACAAAAGUAGCAUUGUUCAAUAGGCUUAGAUCACAGACAGUGAGCACUCGAUAUUUACAUGUUGAAAAUGGGACCUUUCAUGCUAGUUCAACACAGUGGGGAGCUUUUAUCAUUUACUUAUUGGAUGAUGAUGAAAGUGAAAGUGAUAUGUUCAAUGUUCGAGAUGGUUACAUUCAUUAUGGUAGUACUGUGAAAUUAGUGUGCAGUGUUUCUGGAAUGGCCUUACCUCGAUUAGUUAUCAGAAAAGUUGAUAAACAAACAGCAUUGCUAGAAGCUGAUGAUCCGGUGUCACAAUUGCACAAAUGCGCUUUUUACAUGAAAGACACUAAUCAUAUGUAUUUAUGUUUAUCCCAAGAACGUAUAACAAAUUUCAAUGCCACGCCAUGUCCAAAAGGGCCAAAUAAAGAAAUGAUCAAUGAUGGAGCUUGUUGGACUAUAAUUAGUACAGACAAAGCAGAAUACCAAUUUUAUGAAGGAAUGGGACCUGUAAAUUCUCCUAUAACACCUGUACCAGUAGUGCAUGGACUAAAUACUAAUGGUGGUGGCGAUGUGGCUAUGUUAGAACUAAGUGGGGAAAAUUUUACACCACAUCUACAAGUAUGGUUUGGAAAUGUUGAGUCUGAAACUAUGUUUCGUUGCCAAGAGAGUAUGAUUGCAGUUGUGCCAGAUAUUUCUUCAUUUAGAGGAGACUGGUCAUGGGUGAAACAGCUUACACAAGUACCAGUGUCAUUAGUAAGGAAUGAUGGGAUUAUCUAUGCUACAGGAUUAACUUUUACAUAUACACCUGAACCAGGCCCAAGAAAUCGUGUAACACCAGCUGACAAAAUAAUGCGAACAUCUACUUCAAAAAAUAAUUUUUCACUAUCACAUAUUAUGAGUUGAUUAUAAAAAGGGUAUUAUUUUUAAUAGUAUUAUUUAUUUUACAGUUAACAGGGUAUAUGACUGAUAAUUGACUGAAUGAAACAACAAUACAAUGUAUUGACUUUUGAUAGUAAAGUAGUAAUUAAUAGUAGAGAUGUUUCAGAUAAAUAAUUUAUUUAAAACUGGAUACCAAGUAUAGAUUAAAUAAUAAUGCUUUGAGUACUGUUUAAAAACUAUCAUAGGUUGAGAAAAAAUGUUUUUGUUUUACAUCAAAUAAUAAGGUAUUGCUCAGUGACUAAAUGAUAAAUAUGAUUUUAAGUAAUUGGCCUUCAUGUAAUCACCGUGUACUUGGAAUAUCUCUGAUAAAAUGCCUAAUGAGAUAAAUAUAAGAGUAUAUAUAUAUUUUUUGUAAUUUUUUUUUAAAAAUAACUAUACAUAAGUAAUAUUAUUGCUCAAAUU